ACACACCUAUGAUCUUUCUUCAAUAGCAUUUACAAUUGACCUGUCUAGGUCUCUUUGGAUCUGAGACUCGGACAAGAAGAGAGGGAGAGAGAGAGAGAGAGACGCGCAACUAUUUCUCUCUGCUUCCUCGAAGCAUUCUCGCCAAGGUACAAAUACUAGUAUACAAAGUUCAUUUACAGAAGGGAUCCAAUGGCUGCAACUGAAGAAAAUAGCUCCUUAUUUCCAAUCUUUAUCCUGACAAUAAUGGCCAUACCAUUAGUGCCUUACACAUUUGUGAAACUAUCCCGUGCUGCAUCGAAGAAAACAAAAAGUAUCCACUGCCAUUGUUCUGCAUGUUCUAAAUCAGGAAAAUACAAGAAAUCAAUAUUUAGUAGGAUCUCAAACUUUUCAACAUGGAGUAACUUGACAGUAAUACUGCUCUGGGUUGCUAUGGGAGUCCUAGUUUAUUACAUUAAGCAUAUAAGUGGUGACCAGGUUCAAGUGUUUGAGCCCUUUACUAUUCUAGGUUUAGAGCCUGGAGCUACUGAUUCAGAAAUAAAGAAGGCGUAUAGGAAGCUUUCCAUUCAGUACCAUCCCGACAAAAAUCCUGAUCCAGAGGCUCAUAAUUAUUUCGUCGAAUACAUAUCCAAGGCUUAUCAGGCACUCACAGACCAAGUCUCCCGUGAAAAUUAUGAGAAAUAUGGUCAUCCAGACGGUAGACAGGGAUUCCAAAUGGGGAUUGCCCUUCCUACUUUUUUGCUGAAUAUUGAUGGGGCUUCUGGUGGAAUUUUGUUAAUUUGGAUUGUUGGAGUUUGUAUUUUGCUGCCACUGAUAAUAGCAGUUGUAUACCUCUCAAGAUCAUCCAAAUAUACAGGAAACUAUGUCAUGCACCAAACUCUAUCGGCAUAUUAUUACUUCAUGAAGCCUUCUCUGGCACCAAGCAAAGUUAUGGACGUUUUCAUCAAAGCUGCUGAGUACAUGGAAAUUCCUGUCAGAAGACCUGAUGGUGAACCCUUGCAGAAAUUGUUUGUGCUAGUGAGAAGUGAAUUAAAUCUGGACAUGAAGAACAUUAAACAAGAACAGGCAAAGUUCUGGAAGCAACAUCCAGCACUAGUUAAGACACAGUUGCUAAUUCAAGCUCAGCUAACUCGAGAAACAGAACCUUUAACACCUGAAUUGCACCGUGAUUUUAGACGCGUGCUAGAACUUGCACCUCGUCUUCUUGAAGAGUUGAUGAAGAUGGCAACUAUACCUCGUACUACCCAGGGGCAUGGUUGGCUGAGGCCUGCAAUUGGUGUUUUGGAGCUUUCUCAAUGCAUUAUUCAGGCUGUUCCUCUGAAUGCAAGAAAGACAGCCGGAGCAUCCCCAGAAGGCAAUGCAGCCUUUCUGCAGCUACCACAUUUUGAUGAGGCUGUAUUGAAAAAGCUAGCUAGGAAGAAAUUAAGGACAUUUCAGGAGCUUCUGGACAUGUCUCCUGAGGAACGGGCGGAGUUACUAUCUCAGGUAGCUGGUUUCUCAAAUGCGGAAGUGCAAGACAUUGAAAUUGUUCUGGAAAUGAUGCCUUGUUUAACACUGGACGUGACUUGUGAGACCGAAGGGGAGGAGGGCAUACAGGAGGGGGACAUUGUGACAGUCCAUGCUUGGGUGAUGCUGAAACGUCUCAACGGUUUGAUAGGAGCCCUUCCUCACGCUCCUCAUUAUCCAUUCCACAAGGAAGAAAACUUCUGGUUUCUGCUGGCAGACCCUAAUUCUAACAAUGUAUGGUUCUCCCAUAAGGUUAGUUUCAUGGACGAAACUACUGCUAUCUCAGCUGCCUCGAAAGCAAUAGAGGAUAAGAUGGAAGGUUCUGGGGCAAGCGUGAAGGAGACGAGUUUGGCCGUGAGAGAGGCAGUGGAGAAGGUGAAAAGUGGGGCAAGGCUAGUGAUGGGUAAAUUCCAGGCACCGGCUGAGGGGAACUACAAUUUGAGUCAUUACUUGCUAUGCGACUCUUGGAUCGGUUGCGACAAGAAGGGUAGCUUGAAGUUGAAAGUUUCGAAGAGGACUCGUGCAGGGACUAGGGGCGGCGGCGGUCAUGUGGGUGAGGAAGGGGCGGGUUUGGAAGAUGACGAGGAAGAGGAAAUCGAGGAAGAGGAGUAUGAUGAGGAUUAUGAGAGUGAGUAUAGUGAGGAUGAGGAAGAUAACAAGCAGCAGUUGCUGGAAAAGAAAAAGAAGAAGAAUAAGGGCAAAGCUAGCCCUUCUAGCUCGGAAGAAGAAGGUUCAGGCUCGGAAGAAGAGUGAGAUAGGGACCCAUUAGGGUUAAUUGAUGUUAAACAUUGUGGGUUUCAAUUGGUUACAACAUCUACUAUAAACUAGCUAUAUACCCAUCAUCAUCAUCAUCCUCAUCUGAAUUUUUUGAUUUUUCUUUGCAUAUUUCAGAACUUAGAACAGAACAAGGGGAAUGAAUGAAUGCUUGUUUCCUUUCUAUCACUUAUCAUCAUCCAUUCCCUGAUACAUAUAUGAAUAAAUCGAAACCAUUUUCU